UUGACUGGAAUGGAGCUAGCAAGAAACUAGCACUGAGUUUUGAAUUGAUUCGAAGUUAAGCUCAAGAUUAACGCAACCUGUCGGAGAGUUGCACCGAGAGCGGAGUGAAAUGAAACGCGAUGUCCGGAUACUGCUGCUGGGGGAACCCAAAGUGGGGAAGACCUCGCUCAUCAUGUCUCUGGUUGGAGAGGAGUUUCCAGAGCAGGUUCCUCUCCGAGCAGAGGAGAUCACAAUACCUGCAGACGUCACACCUGAGAAAGUGCCCACACAUAUAGUCGACUAUUCAGAAAAUGAGCAAACUGAGGAAGUGUUGAGAGAAGAAAUCGUAAAGGCCAAUGUGGUGUGUGUGGUUUAUGAUGUCACACAAGAGGAAACCAUUGACAAGAUCAGAACUAAAUGGAUCCCGCUGGUGAAUGGAGGAGCUGAAAAAGGAAGCAAGAUUCCUAUUAUCCUAGUAGGCAACAAGUCUGAUCUUCGCUCUGGCAGCUCCAUGGAAACCAUCCUGCCUAUCAUGAACCAGUUUUCUGAGAUUGAGACCUGUGUGGAGUGCUCUGCUAAGAAUCUGAAGAAUAUUUCGGAGCUUUUCUACUAUGCUCAAAAAGCCGUUUUACACCCGACUGCUCCCCUCUACGACCCUGAAGACAAACAGCUCAAGCCGCAGUGUGUGCGUGCUCUGAGUCGUAUCUUCAGUAUCUCUGAUCAGGAUAACGAUCACAUUCUUAGUGAUGCUGAACUUAACUGCUUUCAGAAAUUAUGUUUUGGGAAUCCACUGGCUCCUCAAGCUUUAGAGGAUGUGAAAACAGUUGUGUGGAAGAACACCAGUGAUGGAGUGCAGGACAACGGACUCACACUCAACGGGUUCCUGUUUUUAAACACACUCUUUAUCCAAAGAGGACGUCAUGAGACCACCUGGACCAUCCUGCGCAAAUUUGGCUACGAUGACACACUGGAACUGACAGACGACUACCUCUACCCACAAUUGCGAGUACCUGUCGGUUGUACGACAGAGUUGAAUCAUGUGGGUCAGCAGUUCCUGCAGAAGCUCUUUGAUAAGUAUGAUGAGGAUAAGGACUCGGCUCUCUCCCCUGCAGAGUUGAGAAAUCUCUUUAGUGUUUUACCCUACAUGCCCUGGGGCUCGUCAGUGUACUGUAACGUCCCCAUAACAGAAGAGAACUACAUCUCACAACACGGCUACUUCUGUCAGUGGAUGUUGUCUGCAUAUCUGGAUGUCCACCGGUGUUUGGAGCAUCUGGGUUACCUCGGCUACCCGAUUCUUAUGGAGCAAGACUCCCAGACGUCUGCCAUCAUAGUAACGAGGGAAAAGCCGUUAGAUUUGGAGAAGAGACAGACCCAUCGAACUGUGUUCCUCUGUAAAGUGAUCGGCCCUCGCGGAACGGGAAAGACAGACUUCCUUCGAGCUUUUCUGCAGCGGAGCGCUGAGAAAAACGGAUGCAACCUUGGUACCCCCGCCGUAUACGCCAUCAACAGUGUCUCAGUAGCCAAUCAGGAGAAGUAUCUCAUACUGGAAGAGGUUGAUGUGGAAACUGAGUUUCUAAAAGCAGCAGAUGCGGCGUGUGAUGUGGCAUGUCUCAUGUAUGAUGUCAGCGAUCCAGACUCAUUUAAUUACUGUGCUAGUAUAUAUAAGCAGCACUAUAUGGACAGUGGGAUCCCGUGUGUAGUGGUGGGCUCUAAAGCUGAUCUUAUAGAAGUUAAACAGCAUCAUGGUAUGAGCCCAUCUGAGUUUUGUUACAAACACCGGCUGCCUUCCCCUCUCCAUUUCUCCGCACUGCUCACAAACACUCACACACACAUCUACAGCAAGCUGACCUGGGCCGCCAUGUACCCGCACUUGAAUGGAUCAGACAUGAGCAGCACAUCUUUCUGGCUGCGUGUGACUCUGGGCGCCACAAUAGCAGCCAUGCUGGGCUUCGCUCUCUACAGAGCCUUUAGCCGACACAAAUAAUGCACGCAUUCACUCGCAAUACAAACAUAAACACACUCACACUCAUUUCCUGCUGUCUGUCUCGGCCUUACGGAGUCAUUUUUGGCAGAACCGGGGCUUGAACCCUGAAAAGCAGAUGUUUGUUUUUUUAAGUUGGACUAAAUGUGUUCCACAUACAAACACAUGCGCAUAAAUUAACGAGAGAUUUAUGGGUUUGCUUUUAUUAUGAAGGUCCUGACCUUACUUAAUGACCUACAUGGUUGACCCCAGGAAACAUUUUUCCAAAUUGAGCUCAAAGCUAAUGUUUUGAGCACAGGAGGAUUAAGGAGCGAUAUUAGUAAGUGAUUUGAUAUAUGCUUGUUUGAAUUGUAUUUGAAAUGUAUUAAAAAUGUAUUUAAGAGGUAAAGAUCUCAGAAUGGAUGAAGAAUGUAUUCCAUUUGAACUUAUUCCGUUCCUGAACCGUACCGGACAGAUAUUCAAAAACUCAGUGAGGGGUCAGUUAUUCAGUUUUAUUUCGGCCAGUUCAGGGAAAGCACUUCAUUUAUAGUCCAGUUCCAGAAUAUUUGAUACAUUUAAGGAAUAUUCCAGGUCAAAAACAAAGAUGAACUCUACUGGACAUCAGAAAAAGACAAACACAUUUCAGACAUGCACUUUUUGUUUUCUUUACAAACUGAUGUACGAGUUGAAAUUAUUACCUGUGGAAAUCGACUUUAUGCCACAGAUGCUCAAUAGAACUACUACAUCAUGCAAAUUGGCUGAAUUGAAGCAGAAUAAACCUCAAUCCUGUUGCAUUUCCAUUUCCUGCCCUUUAGAUGGACAUUAAUGUGUGUGGACCACGAAUGACAAAUGUGUGUGUGUGUUAUUUUUGAUUUUUUUUUAGGUAAAUUCCAUUGACGACUUUCAGAAUAGCUAGACUUGGCCAGGCUUUCCAUCAUUUUGCAUAUCUGUUUGCCUAAGUUGUUUGUAGGGGAGAAUGAUUUCUAAUUUUGUUUUAAAAUUAAAGUAGAGAUGGAUGGUGUUAAUAAGUGUAUUGUAAAUUAUAUUUUUAAGGUUAAAAGCUCUGAUGCUGAAUGAUGCUCCUGUUCAGAGCCAUCCCAUUGUUGCAGGAUCCAGAGAACCAGGUAUCACUAGUUACAUCAUCACGGUAAUUGAUAGAAAGGAAAUGAGUAGUCUUGAGUAAACCGUAGAGAACAGCCUUGCUGACUGUUUUUAUAAUUGUCCAUGCUGGAUUGAUCUAGGAACUCUGUAAAGUUAUUGAUUAUCUCAGAUGAUCGGAGACUAGUUCAAACUAGAGGUCCACCGAUAGUGGAUUUUGCCAAUAACUAUAACUAAGGUGAUGGAAAAAGCUGAUAACAGAUUAAUCGGAUGAUCAUUUUUAAAAUCGAUUCAUAUGUUACAACAUUUUCUUAGUCGGUACAGACAUACAGGGCAGAGUCCGAAACAAAUACAAUCCCAAUAAUAAUCAGAAAAAAAGGAACACUGUAAAAAAUAAAAAAUAAGGCAACCAGCUGAAAGCAUUUUUGAGUUUACUCAACUUCAGGCAAAUUAGUUUGACCAACUUAACAAUUCAAGUUGGAUCGUAAGUUCCAUGAGUUUAAUACAAUAAGUUCAGCGAACUCAGAAAUAUCAAUGAUUAUAUUAAGGUUAAUAAACUUACAUUUUUAACCAUUUUGACCAUAAUUUCAAUAUUCUUGAAAAUUAUAUAAAAACAUUCUUUUCCAGCAGAUCCAUAUUUCAACAUAAGAUCAUGUAUCAGCCACAUCAACAGACCAAAUAGUCGGUUCAACUUAAAAGAUGGUGUAGGGUGCAAGUACUUCAAACUUGUAAACUUCAUAAAUAUAUAAACUUCUUCAAAGCAAACACAAAUCACCCUGAUGGUGACUAAACAAAACACGACUUUUUACAGCAAAACAAAAUUAAAAACACAUAAAGAGCUAAAACAUCUAUUUAUUCAAAACAGAUUAUUUACAUGUCCUUAUAAGUCGGCACGCUUUGACCAAACACACUAAAAUAAAUUCAAGUGCGGGGGAUUGUGGGUAAUGUCUUCAGCCACAAUGCUUCUCCAGUGUACAUGCUCAGUAGCAGAUGCAACAAUGUGAAGUUCAGUGCUCAGCCUUACAAGUCUCCCACAGAUUUUGACCCAUUCAUUUUCAAGCCCUUUCCAGGACUUUAACAAAUAAAUAACAUCCUUAGAUAUCAAAGAUUUAAAUUCCCAAUUUCCUGAUUUUCCAUGGUAGAGCCUGGCUUUAUAAGACUUAAAAUGUAAACUUCCAUUUCCACAGAAAAUGCACUAAAUGGACAAUCAUGCAGUUAUUUUGCAAAAAACAUUUAGUCAAUUAGUAUGGUAAGGUCAAUAUAUAAUAAUAUACAGUUCAAUAUCUGAUGAAAAAUUUACUUAUAUAUAUAUACCACCAAACUUGACAUUGUAUGUGCUCAGUGUUUAAAAAUGUAAGUUUUUCUGAAUUAAAUGGCAUAAAAGCUGACUUUAUUGAUUGUUUUAAGUAAACUCACUUUUUUCCGAUAGUUCAAUCAACUUUUAAAAUUGAGCUUAUCUGACAAAAUUGAAGUUGGAUUUUUUACAGUGAAGAUUAGGUGCAUAACAUGGAAAUUUUAACACGAAACACGCCUGAAACACACCAGGGACUCUUAUUUUGAAGUGAUUGAGAUUUAGCUCUGUUUCAAUGCUUUAUAUUUAAUAUUUAUCAAAUAAAGCUUUUUAUAGCCUAUAUAUUCAUUAUUAUUAUUAUUCACAAUAUAUGAAGUUGGAGACGGGAUGUAUGUGGUGACGAGGGACGUUUCCAUAUAGUCGCAUUUUUCUUUGCAUGCCCUCGCUUCACUUUAAAAAACAUUAUCAGAGGAACACGGAGGAAUAAAAAAAACUUUCGGCACCUAUCAGCAUAGAUUUUUGUCGAUAACCGGCACCGAUUAAUUGGUAAAACUGAGAUAUCGGUCUACCUCUAGUUCAAUUUUUUUUUUUUUUUAAAUGGUCAGAUCAGCACAAACCUAACCUCAAAUUUCCCAGUCUUCCUCAUUCAUUUGAAUCAGCAUGAAGAUAUUCAUUCUUGAGAAAACAUUUCUCUGGCUGUUCUGAUUAGUCUGUUUAAUUGACAUCAUUUCAAUAUCUUGUUCAUUUUUAAUGUUCAAACGGAUCACUACUGUUUAUGUUGGUGGGCCCAGUUUUAAAAUACUGCAGGCUUGUAUCUCUGUUGCAUUCCAGCAUAAAUAUUAAAUGAGAUGCUCGGAGUGAAUCCAAUGUGUUCUAAUAGAAUUAUUUUGUAAUAAAAUAGCAAUUUUUCAGGUGA